UUCUCCGCGUGAGAAGUUGACUGUUAUUUAAAUGAGUCACUGAUUGUUGGGACCAACUGACAGCUCAGCAAACAACGUGCUUACAGUCAGUCAGUCAGCUAGCGCUGCUCUUUAGUUACGUAGUACUUCAUUGAUUCCUCCAAGAACAUCGUGAUUGCAGCAGCAUUCCUCUUAGCUUAGCGACCAACAUGUCAAAGUCAGCCGACCACGGGACUUUUAUGUAUUUUGCUUUUGGCAGCAACUUGUUGAAGGAAAGACUGCAGGCGGCCAACCCUUCUGCUACCUUCUUCACCACCGCCACACUCAAGGACUACCAGCUGGAGUUCGGCGUGUGCGAGGGCAUCGUGGGCAACAUCUGGCACGGGGGCGUGGCCACCAUCCGCCACAGUCCCGGCUCGGAGGUGUGGGGCGUGGUCUGGAGCAUCAGCAACCGCAACAAGGACACGCUGGACGAGCAAGAAGGCGUGAGUAAAGGUGUGUACUCUCCCCUGGACGUGUGGGUGGAGAGUGGUGAUGGUGGCACACCUACCAGGUGCAGGACCUACCAGCUCAACAACUUCCAGCCCUGUCCUCCCUCCCCCCCCUACAAACAUGUGGUGUGUUGUGGGGCCCGGCAGCAGGGCCUCCCAGUGGAGUACUGUGAGCGCCUGCAGGCCCUGGAGACCAACAACUACACGGGGCCGUCCUUCCUGGACCACAUCAGACACACCCUCACCGGCUUGGAACAUCCAACCUUUAUUGGCUAACAAGGUGUGCACGUGCAGAGACUGCAGAAAGGAGCAGAUGGAAGAAUAAUAUUCUUAUAUUUAUCUGCCCCCUUUUUUUGAACACAGUUAUUAGAGAUGACAUCAUCACUGUUCCCUCCACUCCACCAACUCCAACACACUUUUACAUUCUCCUUCAAGCAUUUUCACAAAGACGCGUCCAAUCAAAAAGUCAAAAAUCAGUUUUGCUAGAAUCGCAGUCGUCUCUUUUUCCAUUGAAAACUGCCAUUUUGAAGUCUUUCUUGAGAUGAUUUCAUGCC